AUGCAGAAAAAGGUUGUUCAACUCAAUCCGUUUAACAAUAAGAAAAAUGCUCAAUUAAAAAAGCUUGCAAAUGAAUACUAUAUCAGAGUAGUGAGAUACAUACCAUUUUAACUAUAAAUGACUAAAUUGGCAUCGCUUAAUAAGGAGACUAGAAAACUAGUGUUUGAAAGCUAUGAAGUUCUAAGUAAAGAGCGAUCUAUCACAGUUGACCUUAGUUCAACUACCAAGAUCCUUAAGAAGCUGCCUAAGUAUAUAGCACUGAGACUGAACUACAUAGGUGUAGUAAUGAGGUAAGAUGCAAGAGUAGAUAGAAUCAAUAGACUCUUAGAGUUCUUCAAGCCUUACAGAGGCCGCAUGAGACUUAUGCUUGAACUUAAUGGUAUGGAUGAUAGCGAUAGAGAAAUUAGAGAAGCACUUAAGAAAUUUCGAAAUAUCCCGAUUAGGAGACUAGUUAUUAAGAAAUGCAAUUUCUAAGAGAAAAAUACUCAGAGCUUGCUGCUACAAGACUGUAUUUAAUUAUACAUCAUAGACUCAUUUAUAAAAUUCUGGAUCAAAGAUAAGAUCAAAGUCAACGAAAUCGUUGUUAAAAAGUCUACUAUUAUUUAUGGGAAGUGCAGUGUUCCUGUAUUCCCAGCAGCUAAGAGAUUCAUCUGUAGGAAUUCUUUUAUCAAGAAUCCUGAGUUCGCUUGGCGACCGAUUACUGACUCUGUAGAAGAGUUGGUGCUCCUAGGAAAUGAUUAUUAUGGAGUCCUUAACUUCAACAUCGUUUAUCAUGUGGUCUUCUACAUGAAGAAGUUUUGUAAUUUGAAAAUACUUGAGAGAUGA